CCGCGCCCCGCGGCCGCCGCUCGCCGCCAUGGAGGAGCCGGGGGCCGCCGAGCCGCCGCCCGGGCCGCGCCCGCUGCUGCUGCCGGGGGAGCUGCUGCGCUCCCGCAAGGGGCGGCUCCUGCUCGCCGAGUCGGUGCUGUCAUUUAUCAUCUUUAUCUGCUAUAUUGCGUCUCUAGCUACCUCUUUCAUGACGGCACCACUCCUUGAGUUUCUGCUGGCACUGUUUCUUUUUUUUGCCUACGCUUCCAAACUUAAUGAGAAGUUUAAAGGACUCUACUGGCCUUUGAUGGAUUUCUUGCGGUGUGUCACUGCUGCCAUUAUUUACUUCGCCAUUUCAAUUGCUGCUGUCUCAAAAUAUAACGACGGAGCAUCUAAAGCAGCAGGAGUGUUUGGAUUUAUAGCCACAAUAGUGUACGCCAUUGAUUUCUACAUAACCUUCAAUGACCUGGUUACUUUUCUCAAGCAAGGCAGUUCUGAUUCCCCUGAAGGGCACAAGUCAGAGGAUGAGGACUCUAAUUCCGACUCAGACUGAAGAACUGAGCAGCAACCAAGCGUGAAGGGAAGAUCAUCAGGCACUUUCCUCUUUGCGGAAUGCACUGCCAAUUGAAAUAUCUCCCUUAUUUCAGCCUUGGUAUUCUCUUUCCACCUCACUGUUUAUGGAAUCAUGAAAGCACAAACAGGGCAGUGAUGUGGAAGAGGAGACUAUUCCCAUUGCCAUUAGACAAUCCUUCAGAACUACGCAUUUUACAGUAGUUCAACCUCUCCCAGAGGUCUGUAUCCAGACAACACAUCUCAAUUCUCCAUUGCCCAUCCUUCCUCAGCACUACAGUGUACUGAGUAAACAGGAUCAUAAUAUUUUAAUCAUGUAAGUGGAGCUUUUAAUAUGCUUUAUUAAUUCCAAAUCUGUAACACGUAUAGCUUUUAUACUUAUUGCUGUGCCAAAGAAGAGAGGCUCGGAAUGCCUCUACUUUAUUUGUAUUUUUCUUGAUUAACUAACAGUAUUUCUUUGUCUGAAGUCUGAGUAUUCCACUAUCUCAAGCACUGAAGGCAUAGGUUAUAGCUAAUAGGUUGGUUUCAAUACAUUUAUAUCUACUGCCUAUCUGCGACAAGAAAAAGUGACAACUGGAAAUCUGCAGCAAGAACAAAGCUCAGAGUGUAACUGCCAUAGCAUAGCUGCCUCAUCAAAUGUUCAGUAUCAUUUUUUUAAGCUGCUUGCAUGGAGUCACAUCCCAUCUUCUGCAAUUUCACCACAGAUGAUAUGAGGUAGAACAGAUGAGGCAUCAUCUUACCAGCCUCCUCUCUACCAUUUGCGUGGAAGCCCUUGUAUGUGUUUGCACAUACAGGGAAGGAAUACCAUCCAACAGCUGCCUAUUGAAGCCUGCAGAUAUUUGUGUGCAAGAUCUCAACCACUGUCUGAUCUCAUGCUCUGGUGGUGCAAAUGCCAGUCCUCCCAGGAGGAGCAGUGCUGGACUUGGUCUGCUGGGUUUGCAAAACAGACAGCUCUUUCUGUAAAACUCAGGAUACCUGGGCCCCAGGAGGGCAAUGCAUCUUCCCCACUGUGAAAGGCCAAAAAAACAACCUCCAAACUGAAGGAUGUCUGCAAUGAAAUUCAUUUUCCCAGACCCCGUUUUUGCUGUGUGUGUUUUGGUGUGCUGGGUUUUUUCCACCCACCCCAGAACGACAUGAUUUAUGUCACUGGUGUAGUAUUCUGGGGGAAAAGCCUUCUGCAUUUGAAUUUUCUGAAGGUGUUCUCAUGGGUAGCACAACCUAUCUUGAAAUAUUUGUGUCCACCACACACUGCUUGGAAAAAGCACGAUGUGCUUCCUGCAUAUGGCAUCAGACAGGUCUAUUUCAAAGAAACCUGUAUACAUUUUGAAUAAUUGAUAUAGUACCAGAACAGGUGGCCUUCAGAAGAAGUAAUUAAAAUGAGAGCAGAUGGUACUAACAAGAGUAAAUGGAAAACAGGGAUAAACCAAUAAAGGCAGAUUUCCUUUGGAAUGAUAUCACCACUUGGGUUUCAAUUCCCUGUUAGCAGCUGGCUGCUGACAGGCAGAAUACGGUACCCAACAGCAAGCAGGGGCCUGGGAAGGUGCUGUCAGACACAAGAGCUGUCCAUCAGGCAGCUCCACAUCUCGUUUCCAGACCACUGGGGGAAUAGAAGCAAAAAACGAAGCGUUGCAACAAAUCAUCUUCACUAUUAUGAGAAAAAGCUCUUUGGACCUCUUCCUGUAUGAGAUUCCAUGUUUCUUUUCUUUUGUCGUACUUUACUGGCACGUACUGUGAUAACAGGGGACCUGGGCUCAUUUUUAUAGUCAAUUAUUUUGUAUUUCUCUUUUUUAAUUAAAAAAAUUGUACUGCAUGUUACAGCUGGAUACUAGUACAUGGUUAAUAUUUAGAAACCAUGCUGGAUUAAACCUCUUUUAAUAGAA